AUGGUUGGUGAAGUGAAGGCACUGUUGAAGCGUGAACGACAGUUGCAGAACAGUUUAACGUUCAUUGACAAGUUUAUUCAGAACUAUGACGAUGAACGGGAUGCGCGACAAUUAAGUGUGCGAUUGAACGUGCUAGAGCAAGUGGGUGCAGAAUAUUAUACGGUGCGUGCCAAACUGGAGCUUCUACAGGAAGAAGAAGAGGAGAAGAAGCAGGCUGGUGCUGAACCUGCAGUGAAAGAGGAAGCAUUGCACCACCUCGAAGAGACAAACUACCAGGCAAUGCACGACUUCGACGAUCGUUUUUGUACCCUGAAGGCUGAGCUACUAGAGCUGCAGUUGUGCAAGGACCCGUUGCAUACCAGCCACAACGACUCCGGUUCAUCGGCGCAUCGGACGUCUACGACUAUCUCCCGAGUAAAACUUCCAGAGAUACGACUUCCAAGUUUCGGUGGACGAAUUCAUGAGUGGGUAACAUUCCGUGACACUUUUCGUAGUCUCAUCGACCAAAGCGCGCAGCUGAACGAGAUCGAUAAAUUCACAUACCUGAGGGCGUCACUUUCUGGUGAAGCGCUCCAGGAAAUUAACUCGGUCGAGAUUUCUGCUGCAAACUAUGAUGUGGCUUGGAAGGCGUUGCAAGAACGGUACGAGAAUAAAAAGCUGCUUGUGAAAGCGUACUUAGAUGCUCUCUUUUUCAUCGAGCCACUGAAGAAGGAGAGUUACGACGGGCUUAGUCAACUGAUCGGCCAGUUUGAGAAAAACUUGCAGAUGUUAGAGAAGAUUGGUGAGUCUACAGAGAACUGGAGUACGAUUCUUGCCUAUAUGGUAUGCACGAGGUUGGAUUCCUCGACACUUCGACAAUGGGAAUCUCAUCAUAAUUCCAAGGAUGUCCCAAAUUAUCGAGAUUUGAUGGGAUUUCUGCGUAGUCAGUGCUCCGUUCUGCAAUCCAUUUCCAUCCCAUCCAAGAUGAACAGCGAUCCACGUUCCCAGAAGGUAGCAGUUUGUCAUACGCUUGUGAAGACAUCUGGGAAGUGUCCAUUCUGUGGCGAGUCGUGGCAUUCAGCGUUUCAGUGUGCGAAGUUUCAGAAGCAGUCUGUUCCAGAUCGCAUCAGCGCUGUUAUGAGGAGUAAGCUUUGUCGCAACUGUCUGCGUCCAGGACACGUUGCAAGAACCUGCGAGAGAGGAGCCUGUCAUCACUGUCAUCAGCGUCACCACUCGAUGCUGCAUACUGAAACACCGCAGACAGGAUCCUCCGUUUCACUUCCGCAGUCAAGACCUCAGACAGUACCCCAGCAGCCAAGACAGCCACAAACCAAGCAACACAGUCCGAACCAACAAAUACACACUCAUCCGACCAAUGCACAGACGAACACCGCCAACUCGCAUAACACAAACACAUCACCGUCCAACACCAACACAGCCUCCACUAGCCAAACAUGCAUAGCACUCCCCAACGCACCUACACACAAUAUUGUUCUCUCGACGGCGCUUGUGACCGUUAAGGACCGUCACGGCAAUUCGUUGCUUGCGCGAGCCUUGCUAGAUUCUUGCUCGCAGCAUUGCCUGAUGACGGCUAGUUUUUCAAAUAAGCUUAAGUUCCGUGAAUCGCCAGCAUUUUUGUGCAUUCAGGGCAUUGGUUCGUCGAGUGUAGCGUCAACAAGAUCCGUUAGUGUAGCAGUUGCUGCACGGUCAAGUGAGAUUUCGUCGUAUGCCAAGGAGAUGUGUUUCCAUGUUUUGCCGAAGCUAACAUUGGCGUUACCGACAGCAAGCUUCAAUCCAUCGCAGUUGUGUCUACCAGAAGCAGCAGCUCUUGCCGAUCCCUGGUUUUAUGAAUCCGGUCCGAUUGACAUGAUUAUCGGGGUGGAGUAUUACGUCGACCUGUUUGAAGAGGGUAGAUACAAGGCAACUGAAGACGGGCCUACUCUGCAGAAAACUGUUUUUGGCUGGAUAGUUUCCGGUCGCGUUCCCAGUUCAUCAUCUAGCGGUGCAAUUUCGACGACCAACGUUUGUUCAACAGCCGAGAUUCAAGAUCAAUUAGCCAAGUUGUGA